CGCACCGUUGCCGUGGACGUAUACGCGGCGGUGCGUGCGUGCAGCUCUUGCUGAUACUAGUUGCGCCAGCGCCCUGCCAGUUUUGGAGUGAACGCGUUUGUGUUCGGUUCGUCCGGGCCCGUUCGGUUAUGUGAGUCUGUGAGACGUCGAUAAAGCGUAUCGGUAAAAAGGCGUCUAUUUGUUUUCUCGUCCGUCCGGAGUAGUAGUAGCUUCUUUACGGCGCGCCUUGAUGCGUGCCCGCCGUUGAUACGCGCCACAAAACAAACGAAAAACAUGUCCAGCCUACAAGAACAUCAGCAGCAGCCCAACAUCAAGAUGGAACCGACGGCUCCGGCGAGCCCGGCCACUUCCGCCGCGGCAAACAACAACAACAACUUAGUCGUCCGAGUAGACCAGGACUCGGAGACGGACCUGCAAGCGCUUUUCGACACCGUGCUCAAGCCCAACGGCCAAAAACCGCUCCAACUGCCUUUGAGGAUGCGCCAACUGCCCAAGUCGUUCUUCAACCCGCCGUCCACUGGUUCCAAGUCGCCUUCCAUAUCAUCCAUAUCGCACAGCCGAGAGAACUCGGGCGACUCGGCUUUUGGCACUACCGCUGCCGGCGCUUGCAUCACCACUACGGCGCCGUUGCACUCGCGCGCGCACAGCUCGCCCGCUUCCCUGCAACAGACUUACGCCGUCGGCGUUCAACAGAAACAACAGCAACAACACGUCAAGCAGCACAGCUACGACGUGUCCAGCGCCAUCGAUGAGCUGGGUCCGCUGCCUCAAGGAUGGGAACAAGCCAGGACUCCGGAGGGACAGAUUUACUUCUUAAAUCACCUUACCAGAACAACUCAAUGGGAAGAUCCUAGGAAAAGCCUAGCUGCUCAAGCAGCAAACCAACAUCAACGCAGUGCUGAACAAUUAUUAAGUCCAGGCAACGACAGUGGCUCGAGUACAAAUACAACUAGCACUCCUACAAACUCACCACCGCAUAUUCAUUCUACUCUACAAGGAGCAAAUAAAAACGUGGCUUUAGGCCCAUUGCCUGACGGAUGGGAACAGGCUGUCACCGUUGAUGGUGAAACUUAUUUCAUUAACCAUGUAGCCAGAACUACAUCGUGGUUUGAUCCAAGAAUACCCGCUCAUCUGCAAAGAGCCCCAUCAUCUGGCGCUAUACUACCGUCUGGUUCCGCUUCAUGGCUGUUGAACGGUACUGGUAGUUCUGGUUUGUCUCAGUCAUUGCAAGUCACCCAACAAAAGCUCAGGUUACACUCCCUCCAAUUGGAACGAGAACGCUUGAAACUUCGUCAGCAAGAAAUAAUUCGUCAACAAGAGCUUAUGUUACGCUCGGGCCAGACGACUAAUGAUCUCGACCCGUUCCUAUCAUGCAGCAGCAGUGUUGAUCAUUCGAGGCAAGAGUCUGCCGACAGCGGUCUUGGCUUAGGAAAUAAUUACUCACUCCCACACACUCCCGAAGACUUUUUAUCGUCCAAUAUGGAUGAUAACAUGGACUGUACAUCAGAAAGUGAUAAUCCAGGUCCAUCAUCCGACAUGUCAGUAGUUGACUCACAAGAAAUGGCCUCGUUGGACGUCACUGAUGAUUUAGUUCCGUCACUUCAAUUAGGGGACGAAUUUAGUAGUGACAUCCUAGAUGAAGUGCAAUCGUUGAUUGACCCCAACAAUAAACCCGGAUCUAUUUUAACUUGGCUCUAAGAAACUUAAGAGUAACUUUUAUAUUAUAUAUUAUAUUCAUUGUGGUAAUUUUAUGUAUGCAAUUGUUUUGUCCCAUUAACCUAGUCUAAGAAUUAUGGACAGCAUGAAUAAAGAUAUGUUUGAAAUUGUUUACAGUAUGCCGUAUUUAAAAUUAUGUACAUGAAGAGAAAAUGUCAUGGUAUCCAUAAAAUUGUAUUUGUGAUAAUAGGACAAUAAUAUGUAUGAUAAAAUAGCAUUUUCACUGUAUGUACAUAAUAAUUGCGUCUAAUUAUUAUUGUCUAAUUUAAAUAGAUCCAACUUUUUAAGUUAAUAAGGUAAUUCUGUUUAAUUGAAUUUAAAUUAGUCAAUUUGGAAUAAGAUUUGUUUUUUAAUUAAAGUUUUGAGUUAUCAAAAGAUAGCUUUACUUUGUUAGCAACCUCAGACAUGUUUUUGUUCACUACCAUCAGUUUUUACAGGGUAACUAUGCGAAUUUGCUCUAUUUAUACAUAUCUUUUAUUAUAAUUAUUAUUAAAGUACCUUGUGAUGUGUAUGUAUAUUUAAAGUUUAAAUAGACAAUUAAAUUUUUUUUGUACUGAUUGAAACGAAUAGUGCCUUAAAUCUAAAGCAAUAUAUUUUUUUUACCGUCCUUAUAUUUGUUGUAUGUUGAAUGCGAAAACGUUUUAUUUAUCUUGUUGACAGUAUUAAGUUUAUAUUAUUAUAUAUUUUUUUACGAAAAUUAUUAAAAUAUGUUUGAAAAUGACAAUCGUACUUAAACACCUGCUAAGAGUUGGCAUCCAUUUUGUUAGUAGCGUUUUUAUGGCAGCAAGCGUAUUGUUACAAUAGCACAUUUAAAUUUAUUUCAGUUAAAUUUAUUCUCGUGCUAAUAUUUGUAAGUAUUUACUUAAUAAUAAAACUAUGUAAAUAAAUGAAAAAUAGGAUUUAUAAUAAUAAUUAUUACACAAAUUAUUAACACAAACAAAAUUGUUUGAUAUUGUAUAAUUUAUUACUUUGAUUAUUAUUCAUAUUAUUAGUUAAAUUUGCUCAACUAUAAAGUUGGAAUAUAAUUUCAAAUAUUUUAUUAUAGAAGUUGUAUUUUUUAUUAUAUGUUAAGUUUAUACAUUUUUUUCAAAAUACGUUUUUGAGUGAAAAUAUAUUACAGACUUUAGUU